AUGGAACUUGAACGUGAUAUACGCUUUGUCAUUGUAACUCAACUCAAAGAUGAAAAUUCGAUUGAAUCGUCGAAAACGAAACCAAAUGAAUAUAAGAUUCGUUUUAUUGAUCAAUUCAAAACCGUUGAGGAAUUCAAUUCGCCGGAUGAUAAUUGUACACCGGAAUAUGUCGAUGGUUUGCAAAUGAAACGUCGUUUUGUCAAAUCGAAACAUAUGGAGACGUUCACUAAAGGACAGGACCGUUUGAUUGAAAUCACUGAGCCUACUCGUGAUCAACCGUAUAUUGAUGUUUACAAACAUUAUCCCAUCGAUUCGUUCGAUUUAUGCAUUAUAUCGUCGCGCAUAACGCACAAAACCAUGUCCAUUAAUGACUGGUGGUCAAUUUUCAAGACAUUACUGCCAAAAUCAAUUGAUAAGAACACCGAUGACGAUGGUGAUAACGAAAAGUUGAUUCGACUGUUGUGUUCACCGGCAUUUAACAUUCCAUUACCGAAGCAAUUAUCACAACAAGCAGCUUGUUUGAUCAAAUUCUACGAAAUGUUCAAAGGAAGUUUAUUUCCUAUCAUCCGCCAAUCGGCAUCAUCAUCGAGUUUAUUAUCCACAGUUAGUCAUGUCCUUCCAUUGAUCCAAUUAUCCAUACGACCAAAAAUUGUCGAAUGGUUUGACGAACGUAUUCGUACUCAUAAACGGUUGAAGAAAUUCCGCGAAAAUAAUUGUAUAUGUUUGGCAGCAUCAGGUUCAAAGGCAACUUCGUUCCAGUACGAUUUUUCAUUGAUGGAAUAUCAUAUUAUCAGUCAAUUUAACGCAAGCGAAUGGCAAUUGAAUACGCUGGUGAAACGGUUCGCGAUGAAACACUUACGUUGUACAUUGGAUAAUUAUUUUCUUCGGACAAGUGUGUUAUGGAUAUGCGAAAUACAUGAAUUGGAAAAUUAUCAUCAUAUUUUCGAAGUUUGGGUAUCAUUUAUGCGUGAUGUAUGUCGAAAAAAGCACUUAGCACAUUAUUUUCUGGAAAAUGUCGAUAUUUACGAAGAACAUCGUGGUUUAGCAGACACCAUCAAUCGCAUUGAUUAUACAAAUAUCGAUUUAUUCGUUGAAAAACUUCAGGAAAAUCUCAUCUUCCCAUAUGUUCAUCAAUACACCGAUCGAAUGAAAUGCUUAUUGAAAUAUUUUCAAUAUCAACCUGUUCUAUCAUUCAAGAUGAAGAUGAUCUAUAAUGUUUACAUCAAACCUCAGUUUCCGAAUGCAAAUUGUUCGAUCGAAGAAAUGUGCAGCAUACUUUGUCAUUUGUCAUUUCUAGAAGACGAUGAUCGAGAGAAUAUCACGAACUUUUGGGACCAACAGUGGAAACCGUUAUUUAUUGAUUUCAAUCGCGAGGAUAUUGCCGUUAUUCAAUCGAAUUCUCUUGACUAUCGGCCAGAUCAAUUAGCACAACAAAUGACAACGAGUGUGUUCAAACUAAUUCAAAUGGAUCUACAGCAAAUGAUUAGCGUGUUGAAAUCUCCAUCGACAACAAGCAAAUAG